AACGGGUUAAGGUCAAACAACUUUUUUUGUUUACUGUUUAGAUUAAAUCGAGCGCGCUCAAACUUCCCAUUAUUCUGAUUACGGUAGUCAUUUUGUCACCCUCACCAUGGCAAAGACAUGGAGAAACGCAUAUGAUGCUGCUUUCAAGUUGAAGGCGAUUGAUCUGGCUGUUGGAAAAGGAAAUAGAGCUGCUGCACGGGAGACGUUGGAAACAGCAGCGUGAGGAAUUGACUCAGUGCAAAAAGACAACUAAAUCUGAGGCUAUUCUGAGGCUAUUCAACUCCGACACCGAAGGAGAUGACUUCAGUGGUUUCAGUGCACAGGACGAGGAAGAUAGUGACCAAUGACGUUCUUGGCUCACUAUUUCAAACGGGAUGAUGUCGCCCUUCUUGGAUUUGCCAAGUUCUUCAAGGAGAACAGCAAGGAAGAGCGCGAGCAUGCUGAGAAAUUUAUGGAGUUCCAGAACAAGAGGGGUGGACGCAUUGUUCUUCAGGACAUAAAGAAGCCCGAGCGUGAUGCAUGGGGAAAUGGUCUGAUUGCUAUGCGGUGCGCUCUGCAGCUGGAGAAGAAAGUCAACCAGGCUCUGCUGGAUCUGCAUAAGGUUGCCUCUGAGAAGCGCGACCCUCAUCUGUGUGACUUCCUGGAGAUUCACUACCUGAAUGAGCAGGUUGAAGCCAUCAAGAAGCUUGGAGAUCACAUCACCAACCUGUCCAAGAUGGAUGCUGGCAACAACAGGAUGGCGGAGUACCUGUUUGAUAAGCACACCCUGGAUGGACAGAGCUAAAUGUUGCCCUCAGAUCAACUGCAUGUUUCAAAGCUUAAAUCUAUGUUAUACUAUUAAAUUAGCAUGCAAUAUGUUAUCAAACAGCUCUUAUGCAAAAUGUUCAAGUUUAAAGGUUAACAUCAAGUAAAAGUUCCACAUCACAAUAUCAAAAUAAUGCCGUUUUGCUUGUUUAAUGAGUCAUCUUGUUUUAGUCCCCAAUCAGUUAUUUCCUGUUGAAUGUGCACUAAUUGGUGAAUUUGAUGAAUAAACUUUUUGG